CAUUCGGGAGAGAGCGGGCCACGGCUUUGUUCCUCCCUCGCGACGGGAUCGCGUCCAUCCUGCCCCUCCCCCAGUCUGACCCGCGCUUAACAUCCCUUCACCCCGUGUCCUCAGUGUCCCCCCCUCCCCCCGCCAGGAAUCCGCUACUCCCUCGUUAAGCCCGGGUGGUGCCGGCUCCCCACUCUCGCUGGCCGCCGGGAGUCACCUCCGGGCGCCGGGCGGGCCUGCGAGGACCCCCGCGGGCCGCUCCUGUGGGCCUCCUUCCUCUCGUGCUCCCUCCUGACUCGUCCAGCGCGGGCUUCACGUGCUGUUUUCAGAAGGGAUACUCAGGGCGCUCCGGGGCAGCCAGGAAGUAGAGGAGCUCUAGUGGACGGAGCUUGAGCUUGGCAACCCGGGCGAGGGCUCUUUCUGUGGGGCCUCUGCGCGGGCUCGGGACACGCUAGCGCCGUCGAGCGAGCCUCCGGUUCGGCAGAAGGGAAACAGCACGCUGGGCCCGCUGAGCCAGCUAGAGACGAUUAUGGACGACUGGCCAGGGUACGACUUGAAUUUGUUCACGUACCCACAGCACUAUUACGGAGAUUUGGACUAUGUCCUCAUCCCUCAUGGCAUUGUUGUGGACAGAAUUGAACGGCUGGCUAAGGAUAUUAUGAAAGACAUAGGAUACUGUGACAUUAUGGUCCUAUGUGUACUUAAAGGAGGCUACAAGUUCUGUGCAGAUCUGGUAGAACACCUUAAGAACAUCAGUCGAAAUUCCGAUAGAUUUGUCUCUAUGAAGGUUGAUUUCAUCAGACUAAAAAGUUACAGGAACGACCAGUCCAUGGGCGAGAUGCAGAUAAUUGGAGGUGAUGAUCUCUCAACACUGGCUGGAAAGAAUGUCCUCAUUGUCGAGGAUGUUGUCGGAACUGGGAGGACCAUGAAAGCAUUGCUCGGUAGCAUAGAGAAAUACAAGCCCAACAUGAUUAAGGUCGCCAGUUUGUUGGUGAAGAGAACACCUAGAAGUGAUGGCUUUAGACCUGACUAUGCUGGAUUUGAGAUCCCAAACUUAUUUGUGGUGGGUUAUGCCUUAGAUUACAAUGAAUACUUCAGAGAUCUGAACCACAUAUGUGUGAUCAAUGAACACGGCAAAGAAAAGUAUCGAGUCUAAAGAAGUAAAUUUUCACCAUCAAAUCUCCAGAUAACAUCCUACUUACGACUACACUCAGGAAGCCAGCAUGUAAAGUUUGUCUCCCAGGCAUGUUCACUCAGCAGGAUUUAAAAGGAAAAAAAUUUUUAAUGAGCGAGCUUUCUUUUCUGAGAUUAUAACAUAACAUGAAGAGUCCCAAAGGUUCUUAAGGAAAAGAAAGCAAUCCUUUUAUUUGACUUGUUCCAAAUUAAACACUCUGCCUUUCGACUCAAACUGCCUUCACACCCCUGAGAUACACCUUCUUUUGUUCUGAUAAAGUCGUUAUGCUUGAUUACUAUACUGCCACCUAGUUACUCAAAUAUUUUUCACUUACCUUUUUUUUUUAAUACUUUACUUUGGUAAUAUUUUGCAAUCUUAAAACCUGGAAGCCUUUUUAUUGAACCUCUCAGCCCAUGUACUGGAACUGCAAGUAGAUUCCCAUCCUAAUAAAGGAGGGAAAGGACAAUUUAAUAUAAAUUUCUGUUUGCGCACUUCUGACAGGCCAUUAUUAUCUGCUUUGACAAAGUCUUUCUGAACAGCAGCGUACAAUGAAUCUUAAUGAUGUUAUGAAAUGGGCCUUUGCCCAGUGCUCUUGAUUGGAGCUUCCGGUAUGUGAUAACGGUACGUCAUGUAUGCUUGGAUGUACUCAACUGUGUUUAAUACUCUGAAUUUUAAUUAGAAAAAAUACAAUGGCAGCAAGGCCCUGGUUUCUAAGCGGCAUCCUUUUAUUCAUGCAGGACAUGAGAAACAGCAAAUCGGGGGUGGAAGGAGAAGUGUUUUCAGUGCUCAAAACUGAGCAAGUAUAAAUUUUUCAUGUAUUUCCAUCAGAGGGCAAGACACUAUUAUGUAUUAUCCUAAAGAAGAAUACAGAGGUUGAAUUAUUUUUUUAAGUGGCCUUAUGAGACUGAUCACACGACCCAACGCGCUAUAGAAAACUAGGAUAAUUAAGAAAGUUUUUUCUGAAUAACAUUUUUUUCCAUUUCCACUGUUUUAUGAGAGGUUUUCUAAUUUAUGGGGAUUUUAAUAGAAAAUAAACUUGAGUGCCAAUAGAGCUGUUUUUUCUCACUUCCUAAAAGGAGCAAAUGCAAAAUAAAUAACUAAGCAGCCUUUGUUUGGUUCUGAACCGUAUGUGGUGUAUUGUUAUCGGGUUCCAGCUUCCUUUAAACUAAUAAAGAAUAAGAAAACUU